AUGCCUGCUAGCGGGCCACGAGGCAUCCUCAAGCCCGCGCCGCCGCCGGCAAAGACGUUUUCGUUCCGGCGAGACAUCCUGCAGUCGCUCAACUCGCGCCUGGCGCAGGGCGGCGUGAACAUGCAGGUGCCCGUGCCGGCGGCCGGCGGCCUGCAGGCGACGGCGCAGGGCACAGCACAGGCGGCUGGACAGCUGAUCGGCGGCGUUUUCAAGCGUCUGGGUGGGCUGGCAGCAGGCGUGGCUGCGCCUGGCAUGGGGCUGGAGGGCGAUGGAUCCUCGCGCCUCGGCGGCAUCUCAAGCGGUGCGGGGGCACCUCUGUCGCGCUCGAUGACCAGCAGCAGCACUGCGUCGACCGACUCUUCCGCGACGCUCGUGCCCAGCUCGCCGGUCGCGACGAACACGCUGCCCGCGCCCGCCUCCUCGUCCCGGCCACUGCGGCGGGUGCAGUUCCGCGUCUCGUCGAUGCGCAUCACCUACCCGAUCUCGGGCGCCAUUGCGCCGGGCGACGAGGAUGCCACGCGAAUCCGCGUCGAGCGCGAGCACCGCGCCUCGCUGAAGGAGCGGAGAGAGCGCGCCUGGACAGUGGAGGAGCUGGAGAGGCUGUAUCGCGAGUGCUGCCGGACGCGGGAGGAGUUCCCGCUCAAGAAGAUGCGCGAGGUGUUUCAGGAAGCCGCGCAGGCCUCUCCUCCAGGCUUGCGGACGAUGGACCUCUCCUUCGUGCCACUCGACCGACCGGCCAUCGAGCCGAUCUCCGACCUGCUGAGCAUUGACUUUGGGCUACAAAAGCUCGUCUUGGAGAACUGCGGCCUGACGGACGAGGGCCUCAAGUCCAUCCUGCACGGCCUCUUGAUCUCGGGCUCGCUGCCAAACCUCUCGCUGGCCUCGAAUCGCAAGCUCAAGUACAACGCCUGGCGCUACGUGGGCAUCUUCAUGCGUCGCGCUCGCGCGCUACGCUCUCUUGACCUGUCCGAGAACACAAUCAACAAGGCGAGCCUGGAGCACAUCAUGGGCGCCAUCGCCCAGCCGCAGGGCAGUGGCGCCGGAGACGCCCAGAAGCAGCAGAAUGCCAGCGCGUCGGCGUCUGGCAAGGGCAAGGCGCAGGGGCUGGCCGACGUCGAGUCUGCGACCGAGGAGUACGACUCCGACGGCGAGCCGCUGAUGCCGAUGGCCCAACUGCUGCACGAGAGUCGCUCGUCAGACUCGAAAGCAGACGGCCAGGCGCGAGCAGGGCCAACCGAGGAGCUCUCCUCGUCGGUGAUCUCCCUGCGUCUCGAGAACUGCGGUCUCAAGACGGCUUCGCUCGAGAUGCUCAGCCAGGCUGUGCGCUUCUCGGAAUUGCGGCACAUCAGUCUCCGGCGCAAUCGCAUUGCGCAGCUCGGUGCUGUUGCCCUGGCGAUCAUGCUCAAGGACUACCCGGACUCGCGGCCUGCCGCGCCGCAGGCAGAGCAGCAGUGGCAGCCGCACCAGCAGCGCACCGGCGCAAGUGCUCAGUCACGCUCGGCGUCAUAUAGCGACGGCCUGAGUGGCAGCAACGGCAUGCCUUAUGCCGUUCGGCAGGGCUCUUCGGCCGGCCCCAGCGCCUACGCAGUCCGCUCUCCGCCUGGCUCGCGAAGUGCGAGCCUCGAUGCACAGGGCUCGCGCGGCCGCGCUGCAGAGUCUGGCAACGUCAUCGCUGCGGAGCGCAGCUACUCGCCGGCGCUGCCAGACGUGCCGAUGAUGGUCUCGAGCGCCGGCGGCGGCGUGACGAACCGCCGCAUGCCCAACUCGUACGAGGGCACCAAUGGCGCGCGUGCACCCAUCCUCUCACCAGCACAAGAGCUGGAGCGCACGCUCAGUGACCACGAGAGGGCCGAGGUAUGCGCUGCGGCACACCCGAGCCAGACCGAGGAGGAGGCGAUCUCGCUGUGCCAGGCGAAGCGCGCGCGGCGCAUCCUAGCUGACCUGCCGCGCGUGGGCAACCUGCUGACGCUGGACUUGAAGGGCAACGACGUCCGAGGCGGCGUGGCGUACCUCGCGCAAGCGCUGAAGAAGAACCGCACGCUGCGCGUCCUCAAUCUCAGCGACAACAACAUCGACAUGGGCGGCCUCAUCGCCGUGGCCGAGGCGCUCAAGUACAAUACGACGCUGGAGACGCUUGACAUGAGCCACAAUCCGUGCUCGGGUCCGGGCCUCGAAGGAAUCUCGACCCUCCGCAUGGCCUUUGCUCUCAACACACAGCUCAAGCGCCUCUUCCUCAACGACACCGACCUUUCGUCCGAGGGCGCCAUCUCUCUGGCCGAGUUCCUGCCCGACUCGAAGCUCCUGCAUCUCGACCUCGUCCAGAACUACGUCGACAUUGCGGGCGUGAUGGCGCUCGCCGCCGCCGUCAAGCUCAACAAGAGCAUCCGCUGCCUCGACAUCGAGAUCCCUCCAAACGACCCGGACUUCGCCCGUCUCAGCCGCGACAUUAUGAUGGCGUGCGUGACGAACACAGAGCGAGCGCAGUCGAAGGCCGCGUCGCGCGGCAUCAAGAUCGCCGCUCCCAUCCACAAAUCCGUCGUCGCACGUACGCUCGAGGAGGAGCGCCGGCGUGCGGAGGCUGCGCAGCUCAAAGCACAGCAGGCUGCUCGAGCUCGGGCUCGCAGCGAGCAGCUGAGCGGCAGAGCACUCGUCGAGGCCGGCCAGGAGUGCGUGCGCGUGCUCCGCGAGCUGCUCGCAGCAGAAGAGCAGCUUCGUCAGCAGCAGAGCGGCGCCGGCGGAGCGACUCAGGAGCCGACGAGUCGCGAAGUUCUCGGCGACGUGCUGGCGCAAGCUAAGAUGCUCCGUCAGCAGCUCGCUCGCGCCGCCAGCGAUGCCGGCGACGAGACGGUUGGCUCCCUUGUCACCCUCAACGACGAGCUCGAAGCUGUGGCGCAGAAGCUGCACGCGCUCUACCGGGCCCGCACGACUCCGCGUCUCGAGCUUCCAGCCGGGCCUCAGAGGCCAGCUUCCGCUGACGGUGCACGAGAGGGCCCUGCUUCUGCCGAGCAUCUGUCCACGCCUGUCAUCGACUCGGCGCUCAGCUCUCCGACGUUCAGCAUUGGCUCGGACGAAGACGACGACGCCGACGGCCUGCAGUCGCCGCCAAGCCUGUCCGCCGCCACGUCUGGCUUUGCAGAGGGCGCCUCGAAGGACGCGGCGCAAGGCCUGCGCAUCGAUCUCGAGCCACAGACUGCGGCGCGAGACGAAACGGCGCUCGAGGAGCCGGACCAGGCCGACGAGAGCCUCACUGGCGCGGGCAGUCCCGCAACCAAGGGCAAGGCCAAGGGCCAGCUCUCAGAGGAGGGCGAGCUGUUCCGGCGAGCAGUCGCUCUGCACAUCGACGACGACGAGGGCGAAGAAGACGACGCAGAGAAGGCGACCGUGGACAGCAAGACUGACGGCGCAGGCAGCGCUGGCGAGCCGCACGCUCUGUCAGCAGGCUUGGCGCCUCGGCGCAGGCGUGGCAGCGCCAGCAGCGGCACCUCGUCCGACGCGGCGCGCCCCGAGCUGCCCGAGAGCGGCGAAGAGCUGCGGGCGCAGCUGCUCGAGGUCGACGUGCCGCGCAGCCGGCCGACGAGCGACAGCCCGACGCGCAGCAAGAGCGACGACGACACUGACGCCGAGGAAAGUGCAGCGGCUGCAGCGGCGCCGUGA